AUGCCGUGCAACCCAGAAGCAUUUGCUCAGUUUUUCGCGGCUUUUGAGACCUUUUAUAGGCAGUGUCGCCCGGGUGCCAGAGCACUCCCAGUGCCACCACCAGCAUCCCAGGAUUACAUUCCUGACACCCUUCCCAGUAAUCUGGAGCCCCCGAGUACCUGUGCCUCUGGUCCGGGCAUAGCCCCACCGGGACCUGCCUCUGCUUCACGCCCUAUAACUAGCUCUCAGUCUUCUCGCUCCCUCGGGUCUAAAUCAGGCUCCUCUGGUGGCAGGGCGCCCCCCGGGAGAUCCAGCAAUACUAACUCUCAUCAGGACAUAGGUGUACCCAGUUUCUUUCAGGAACAACCGGAGCAGCCCACGACAGUGGAAGGGGAAUCCGGAUCAUCUUACAAGGAGGAACAACAGGGAAGCCAAGACACCUCCCUAGCUGCUGCCCAGACUGCGCCUGACACUGAGCAGCAGGGCGGAAAGAGGAAGUCCAAGAGGAAACACACUACAAAGAAGGGCAAGAAGAGCAGGAAGUCGUACUCUCAGGAUGAGUCAGGUACCUCUUCUUCCGAUUCGGAUAGCGACGCCCCCCAUGGAGGAUUACUGGGGCUUGGGCGAGGAUAUUUCUGGGCUUCCUUUGUGGGUGCAUGA